CCGCGCAGGUGGAAAAAAACAGCAGCAGCAGCACCACCACCAGCAGCAGGAGGAGGAGGAGGAGGAGGAGGGCUGACGAACAACACGAGCUGAGCAUCAUUUGCGGAGAUGCUGAACUGAUCGCACACGUCUGUGGACAUCGAAAGAGCGCGUGUCUCCGUUUUUAUUCCUCCUCCUCGGGACGGAGGGGGGGAUGCUAAAGCCGUUAAAACCCCUAAAGCCUUCAGAGCUCUCUGCGCUACUUCUAGAGGGAUGCCUUCAUCCAGGAGAGGAGAAGAGAGAAGAGUGUGGGCCGCGCUUCUUCUUCUAGCCACCAUCACCAUCAGCACCACUAUGGCAGCAGUGGGUCAGUGCCCCCGUAGCCUGGACUGUGCCCGUGAAGGCCGCCAUUUUUGCCAGCCUGGCUCGUCUCACUGCGGCCCCUGCCUGUCUCCGCUCGUCGAGAACAAGAGAGGGAAGUGUGUGGUCAGGAGACGGAACCACAUCAAAGAAGUGGAUAUGCGUCCUGAGCUAGAUGAAGAGAUCGACUUCCUCUCUUCUAUCAUAACCAAACACAGAGAGUCUGAGAUGAAACACACAGCGCCCUCUCAGGCUGCCCCUCAUCUCAAAGAUGACUCUGCAUGGCCAAGAAGUCACCACAGAGUGGAAUCCUCACCCAGCUAUGACGCGGCACGACAGCCCGUAACACACACUCUCACCACAUCGUCCACUACCACCAGCUCCAGUGCCACCAGCUCCAGUCCCAACACCAUCAAUCCUCUGAUAUCAGCCAUGCAGAGCGCCCCGCUGAUUGUGCCCUACCCAUCUGAGGACCACUCUUAUAUCGUUACAGCAGGAGUGUGUCUUAUGGUGGCUUCAGUGGCGCUGGUUUUGGUUGGAGUGUGCUGGGUGAGGAUGCAGAGAGGAACUCGUCUGGCACAGAAAGUGGACUACCCGGCCUUCGGGGUGAUGAGCCCCCACUCUUACGACAGUGCAGCUUCUGGAGAUAAAAACCUGGCCCAGAGCGCUCAGAUGUACCAUUAUCAGCACCAGAAACAGCAGAUGUUGUCACUUAAACAAAGAGAUGAACCCAAGAUCCCUGAAUCAGCAGCUACCUCGGAUGAGGAGAAUGAGGAUGGAGACUUCACUGUGUACGAAUGCCCUGGACUCGCCCCAACUGGCGAGAUGGAGGUGAAGAACCCUCUAUUUGACGACUCCACCCUUCAUCUUCACCUUGACCUGCAAAAAAGCUACAACUGAACCUGGACUGUCAAUGCGCGAUCACAUUCAAUACACAUCCACAAAUCUUGCACCGAAGUCAAAUACCAUCUGUGAUCCAUCACUUAGACGCCAUGAAGAAGAGGAAGGCAGCUGGGAAAUUGAAAGAGGAGAAGAGGAUUUGGACUGCGUGGAAUCGACUGCACAAGGGUCAACAAGGGCAGCUCUGGUGUUCCUAGUCGCUUUCUGUUUUCAACUUUCCGCUCCCUCCGUUGUUCAGUUAUUGACUGUUACAUUGCGUGUGUAGAAAACUGGAAAUGAGUUAACAUAUCUGCCUAAACAAAUGAUUUGCCUUUAAACAUACACAUGUGUACACUCUCCCUCAUGGAUUGAGCAUUUCCUCGAAUACUCACACCCCGGAGGAACGAUACGCUGGCAUCGAUUUGAAGAAGUUUGUUUUUGUUUGAUUUAUUUAUUUGUAAUGAUUUAUUUAUUUUCGAAAAUCGUAAUGAUGUAUCUCAUAUUUAAAACUUUUGCACAUGAGUUUCUGCUAUCCCUAGCCUUGCUGAAAUUGUCCACGUUCAGAAGUUAGCGGUGUACCAUGGCCUUUACAGUAUAUGCACGCAUCAGUAUAAAACACGUCAGCGCAUGUCAGUUCCUGUUUUCCACACUGCUUUCUUUCAUGGCAAAACGAAGCUUCUAGCAUCCGAUCUCUCACCCGGGAUUUUUAAAAGGAAGCCUUACUUAAGCAGGAAGGCUUUAUACUUUGCACGUUCAUGAUUUUGUCAGUGCCCUCCAAGUGCUUGGUUGGGUUUAUUGGCACCAGCUCUGGGCUCAUAUCAAAGUUUCUUAUAUUCUGUUAUGCAAAAAAAAAAAAAAAAAGCAUAUGAGCAGCUGGUAGUGUUGCUGCUUGGUGGUCCCUGGUUCGAUCCUGAGCUUGGGUUACUUUGUGGAGUUUCAAAUAUUCUCCUUUCCUACCUCCCAAAAACAUUCUAUUAGAUGGAUUGGAUACACUAAAUUACCCUUAGGUGUGAAUGCAUGUACUUUACAGAAUUAAUCCCCGCUUUGCAUCUAGUGUUCCUGGGAUGGACCCCAGAUCCACCAAUAUCCUAACCAAGCACGUGCUGAAGAUGAGUACAUGGUGUAUAUUAAUUGGUUAAAUUAAUUAAAAACAGUCGUGGCUCAAUGAUCAGGACUCUGGACUGCUGAUCAGAAGGUUGUGGGUGCAGAAGAAAAGCGCCAAAAGAUCAGAAUCUUGAUCCAGAGUGUGAACUGCAGGUUCGGCUCCCAAGAAUACCACAACCAUCCAGAGAGACAAACUGGCUGUGACCUCUGUGAUGGAUGGCAUACUCUCUCUCCCCUGUCAAUCACACCAACACUAGCCAAUCAUGGGAAGAGUGCGGCUAGCCCAGACACAGCAUGAACAGGAAGCAAAAAAAAAGAAAAGCAGUGCAAACAAAAAAAAAAAAAAAAAAAAAAAAAGGUGAAAGUUCCCUGAUGAGGACUGGAGAUUCUUCAUGCAUAUGAUCCCAGAGCUCAGGUCCAAUAUCAGGUCACUACUCAGCCAUCGGAUCUGCCUUUUUAUUUGUACAAUAUUGUGAAUACUGUGCAAUGGGAACUGAGCUCGAGCAUAAAAUUACUUGAUGCUUAAAAACAUAUCAAAAAUCGUCAUUGGAUUUCAAGAGCUAGAUUGUAAAAUACAACCGGCUGUCUGCUCACACCACACCUGAUUUUACUGUAUGUACCGACAAGCCACACUAUAUGAUUUAUAGACGUCAUGAUGUUCCUUUCUACCAAAGUAGAGUCAGUGAUGGUAUUUUCUAAAACUCUAGUUGUGGUUUUAAUAUUUUCAUAAUUGUGCACAUAUGAAUAAGCCUAAAUGAUAUAAUGUAGCCUUUGUAUAGUCUGUAUUGGUCUUACUAUGCAUGAGCCGAAGCUAUGGAAUGACAAAAGGGAGUCUGUAUGCAUUUUCAACACUGCUUCAUGACCCUAAGCGUACUUACGUGCCCUGCUGAAAUGUACCAUUUGAGUUUUGGUCCAAACAAAUCGGAGAAAACUGACACAGCAACUGUGAAAACUGGCAAUUAUGUAUUGAAUGUGAGCUGACCGCUGACCGAUCUGUGAUGUGCCCUGUUGUAUAUAACUGCAGCUGUGUAUAGAGAAGACUUGAGGCCUGCCUGCUCAGUUUGCUGUAUUUGUACAAACCCCUGUCAUCUCUGCAGUAGACCUCGCCUUGCGCCUGGCGAUUUGAUGGUGUGCUCGGUUGAAGUAUUCGCUCUUUGCUGCUGGUUCUCAGGAAAACUGCCAACAGUAGCAAGACCUUAGUUAACCCGUAUCUCCUUUCAGCUCGUAAAUAUGCCCCGUGACGGACCUGGAGCGUCCAUCUAUCAAAAUGGCUUCGUCCUGCAGUAGGUUUUCUCAUUUUUAAUCCUGCAGAUAAAAAAAAGAAAACAUGAUCUGCCCCUUCUUUUAAAGAAGCCUUUUUAAACAUGUCCCCUGGAAGUUUCAGUAGAAGCUAUUACACAGUGUUCAGUAAAGGACAGCUCUAAAUAUAAAAAAAUAUUAAAAAUAAAACAAAAACAAAAAAAACCCCGCUUCCCAACAACUACAGCCUACUCUCUGUAAUCAACCGAGUAGGUUGAUAUACAUUAAGGAAAGCUGCAUAAAAUAAAAUCCUUCCCGUACACGUCUCGCUGUGUAUGUUGGUCUUGAAUAUACUGAACUCUUUUUCACCUAAUGAAAUUGUUUAUCAUGCAUGUAAAGAUAGGAUAUUAUAUAAAGAGGAAUAAAUAAAUAUUUAUAUUAUAUCAAA